AUGUCUAAUUUACUAGUACAAGAAGAAAAAAAGAAAAUAUCGGAAACGAUUAAUCAACAUUUAACAAAAUCUUUUUCAUUAUUAACUUCUCCUAGAACAUCAAUUGUACAUCAAUAUAGUUCUAAUCAAAUCUUUGAAAAUACAUUCGAUGAAAAUAAUAAACAAUCUGAACAAUUAUCUUUUCUUCAUCAAAUAACUUUAUCAUUUCAUCAAUCAAUUCAUCAUAAAAAUCAACAUAAUAAAUAUAUUAAACAAACAAAUAUAGAUUCUAUUGAAAAAUAUUUAGCUAACGAAAGUAAUGAGUCAGUUAAUAUACAAUCAACUAGUUGUAAGUUUGAUAAUCGAAAAUUUUUAUUUGCAACAUUUUCUUUUCAAAUUUCUCAAGUCACUUCCGAUAAAAAAUAUUGUCAUGAAUUACUUAAUCGAAUAUCAACACUUUGGUUUGGUUCUAAUGCUGAACGACGACAAGUAUUUGAUUUACUCGAACAAAAUCAAAUUAAAUGUAAAAUACUACCAGAAUUUAUAGCACAUUUAGCUCAUUCAUUUUCGAAACAUGCUAUUGAUAUUCAUGAUAUAUCAAUACGUAAAACCAUGUUAUAUGAAGCAUUAGAAUUAAGUAAAAAAGCAUUGAAUUCUAAUGAAAAUUGUGCAUUAUGUCAUUUUUCAUAUGGACAUAUUAUUGGAGUUUUAUUAGAUAUAAAUGAUUUUUCAUUAAAAGAUAAAUUAAAUAAAGCAUCUUUAUUUAAACAUCAUAUGAAAAAAACAAUUGAAAUUGAUAAAAAUUUUUAUGAAGCAUAUGCUUAUUUAGGUCGAUAUGAAUAUACAGCAUUUAAUUUAAAUUUAUUUGAACGUAAAGCAGCAUUAUUAUUAGGUUAUACAAUUGAAGGAAAUUUAGAUAAAGCAUUAGAAUAUUUUCAUAUAGCUAUAAAAGGAAAUUAUGAUAUGAUACAUACAGUUUAUUUAUUAAUAGGAAAAAUUUAUCAAAAGAAAAAACAAUAUGUUGAAGCAAAAAAAUAUUUAAAAAUAUGUAUACAAAUUCCAAUACAACGAAAAAGUCAAACUAAUAUUGUAAAUAAUGCAAAAAUUUUGUUGAAAGAUAAAAAAUUUGAAAACUUAUCGUUUGAAACUUUCAUUAAUCAUCUGAAAAAUUAG